AUGACUGUAGUUGAAUUGAUUUCAGCUUUAGAUAGUCUUAGUAUUGCAGAACCCUCAAUAGAUAAUUUGACAGCAAAUGAAUAUAUUGAGAUAGAUAAUAAUUUGGUUAGUGCAGAGUUAUUUACAGAUGAUGAACUCAUUGAAGAAAUUCUUUUGGUUGAAGGAGUCUUACACCCGACACAAGUAGAUAUGGAAGAUUUAAGUGAGGAAGAAGAAGCAAGUAUUUCUGUAAAGGUGGGAAGAGAAGCACUUGUAACAGCCAGGAAGUUUUUAGAACAAAGAGAAUUUAUAACAGAAA